GACGAUCAUGUGGGAGUUGGUUCGGAGAUAUACGCAACGGGAUCUCGGCACGAUGAGUGGUGUCGGUUUCCCUUUCUCUAUUGCUAUCUAUCUCUGCUUAGAGAUGCCAUUACCAUGCAGUUACAUGCCUUGGCCAAGUGUGCCAGUAUUUUUACCUUCAUAUUAGCCACCGCGUCUGCCUCUGGAACUGACACAGCCAGAGCCUCCAAACAUGCCGACAGGCAGGUAGCGCCACGCAACGCCAACAACCAAACCUGCCUACCCGAGUUGGAAGAUUCAUUCCAGAGAGUCUGGACACUGAACAAGUUCCUCUACCAGGCCACCCAACGUGCCUUUGCCAACUUCCCCCCCAACAACAUCCCCUUCAACGACGAGUUCGUCCCCUACAACCGCACGCUCGAGAUCGAACUGCACAACGAGCUAGGCGGCUUCACCACGGCCUGCGCCUUUGACGACCCCAUCCUCGACAACGCCACCGACAAGUGGUGGCACUGCACCUCGACAGAAGGCCCCCGCGCCCUUCCCAACCUCCCCAUCGAAACCUCCAUCCAGCUAAACCGCACCACAGGCGGCCUCUUGCUCAACCAGACCUGGUACUGCAACGACACCACCGAUGGCGGACCUCCCUACCGCGUGGCAACCAAGGGCGUCCUCCCCGACGGCCCCGUGAGGCGGCUGGUCUGCGGCAGCAGCACGGCGGUGGCGCGGAACGUCAUCUGCGCCACCAACAUCGCGCCGAUAUGGUGUGACGUGCUGUUUGUGGCGGAGUGGUGCUCGCUCGGCGGUGAUCGAGAUGGGCGUGGUUGGGCUUUUGACUUUUGGGCGACGGAGGCGGUUUUGGAGAGGUUGGAGGAGGGGUGGGAGGGCGAGGUUCAAUACCGUAGAUGAGGAGGGUGGGGGGAGAGUCUGGGGGAGGUGUCUGGGGGAGGUG